AUGUUUAAUGCCAGGAUAUUGGUAAAGAAUGACUUCGGGGAGAAGUGGCUCGCUGUUAUUGAUCUGGUGUUCUUCACGCUGGUCAAAGGCGUCAAGACGAAGGCGGUGGGUUUCUUCGUCGCAUACCCGAACUCUGGCCGCUCACGAUCGACUAAGAUAAACACCGUGCCCCUCUGGUCAGUUGGUCACUUACACGACGCAAUUGCCGCGGGCAAGGUCCAGAAUGCCGACUUGCUUAAGCAACAGCUGAAAAAUAUGCCGCACGAUUGGUGGUUUGUAGCAACCAAUCAUACGGACAUCGUGUACGCCGACGACCAGCUUAUCAGUAAUAUGUCUCCUUUCCGCCGUAUCCACUCAAAGCUCAUGUUGACGUAUAUAGGCGGAGUCACUCACGGGGACAUGGCUAAACUUGGUUAUAUCGACCCGGAGUUCUAUUUGCUAAUUGAGGACGUUGACAAUACCGAUCUCAACGAUCCCCAGCGUGCGCACGAUUUCAUAUUGGCGUCUCGCUUGGAUAUAUCGCCUGUUCUGGCCUACUAG